AGAUCCAGAACCUAAAAUUAGCAGGUUGUUUACAAAGUGCAACACUGUGGCAAAUAGACAUUAACAAGUCUGAGUGCUGUAAACAAAAAGGACAACGAAAAGGAAAAGUGUAACAAUUUAUUUUCAUGGAUUUAACAAAAAAUGAUCUGCCCAAAGAAUGGGAGGAACAUUGGAAAAAAGAGAAAGAUUGCAGAAAACAGAUAAUGGAAGAAGGAGGAGAAAAGUUAGAAGAAGUUAAGAAGAAACUAAAAUGGAUUAUGACCUAUAAUGACAGCAAAAUAGGAAUAAUUGAAAAUAAAGAAAAAAUAAGUAAUGAAAAAGAAAAUGAAUUGAUUAAGAGGUAUCAUAAACAAAUGUACCCAAUUGAGAUUUUCCAGACUCUUGAGAAAAUGAGGGUUGAGAACCUCCUCACCGACCUGAUCCUGAGCACAGAGGAUGGGCAGAGCUUCCAUGUUCACUCUCUUGUCCUGGCUGCGGUAAGCUCCCUCAUCCUGCAAAAACUUCAAAAGGAAUAUAGAUAUGGAAAGGAGAUAAUUCUGAGUUUGGGUUCAGAGGUACAUGGAUUGGGGCUCGCUGCAGUGGUGAAGUUUGCCUACACCGGAGCCAUCACCACUUUAAACAAAGAUAAGGCAAAAAUUCUAACUACAGCCCAAAGCCUUGGAGCUACAAGGGUUCUGGAGCUCUUUAACAAGGAAGAUGACACACAGAAAGAUAGAGACAACAAUGAAAAAGGGAGACACAUCUCAGCAGAAUACCAAAUGAAUGUCAGCUUGCAAUCCAUCCAGCAGUUAUGGGCUGAGAGUGUAUGCUGCGAUGUAGAGCUGUUUGCAGAAGGAAGAGUUUUCCAUGCUCACAGGGUGCUUCUUACUGCCACCAGCCAUUAUUUCAGAGGUAUGUUUACCACUGGUAUGAGGGAGUGCAAGCAAAAAUCUGUCUCUCUGCUGUCAGUCCGGGCUGCUGAGCUUGAGACCCUUCUGCAUUGUGCCUAUAGUGGGACUCUUGCACUUGGAUGGGACUGUGUUUUUGAACUUAUCUGUACCUCUAUUCAAUUACAAUUUGAGCCAGCCCUCUCACUCUGCCUCAACUUUCUGCAGCAGGAAAUAGAUGUUCACAACUGCCUGGAUGUGGCAUCUUUUGCAGAGGCCUAUGUGAUGCCUGAUUUGAAAGAGCUAGCAGAGGAUUUUGUUUUGAGACAUUUCCAAGAAGUAUCGGUAACUCCAAAGUUUCAGGACCUCCCAGCAGAUAGGCUCCUGGAGUACCUCAAAAACAAUGCACUAUCUAUUCCCUCAGAGCUAACAGUUUUUCGAGCAGUUGUUACUUGGGUGGAGGCAGAUCCUGCUGGAAGACUUCCACAAGCGGAGGAGCUUAUGAAAGCAGUUCGUUUUUCACUCAUGACCUUCAGAGAAUUUCAAGAAGUACGUGCUGUAAACCUAAACAUGGAAUGUAGUGGGGAAGGUCAGAUUGAACUUCACAAAUCAGCACUUAAGGAGUUUGGAUUUGGUGUCUCUAACUCUGUAGCACAGCAUCGUGUACGCCACCCCAAGGCUGCACUUGUUUUAGUUGGAGGUGAUCAACUGCAUCCAGACAUAGGUCAACGAUUCCCCAGUAAGCAACUUUGGUUUGCUAAUUCUAUGAGGAGUGGAAUAGGUGUAGUAAAGGAGAUAGAGUGGAGAAUGCUAGGAGAACUGCCAGAUCUGACCAGAUUUAGACAUGCUGUUGGGGUCCUUGAUGGUAAAUUAUAUUUGGCUGGAGGCUGUCACUAUUAUGGCAAGGCUGACACCAUGAAAUCUGCUUACAGGUACGAUCCUGUCCGAGACAGCUGGGAAAGGCUGCCAGACAUGAUUGAACAAAGGAGUAAUUUUACUUUGGUGGUCAGUGAAAAUUUCCUCUAUGCUAUUGGAGGAGACAAAGACAUCAACACAAAUCUACAGAGUGUGGAAAAAUACUCUACAAAAUCAGAUUCCUGGAGUUUCACUCAUCCUUUGGACCAAGCCCUAAGUGGCCAUGCUGCUGUAGUUUCGGGAGCUGAGAUUUUCAUUUCGGGAGGCUUUAACUGCAAAUACCAAUGCCUGGUGUCCAUGUUUCACUACCAUCCAGUGAGGGGAAUUAACUAUCUUGCUGAGAUGACCCACGACCGAGCCCAGCACUGCAUGGAGAUCUUAAAAAAACAUUUCUAUGUAGUUGGUGGAUUGUGCAACCUACGUGAAUUCUAUACAGACCAAAUGGCCUGCGAGAUGUAUGAGCCCAUCCAAGAUAUCUGGACAGUGUUCACCCCCCUUCCCAUCCCCCAUGUUGGAUCAGCCUCUGCUGUUUUGGAGGAGAAGCUGUAUAUUUUAGGUGGUUAUUGCCAGGAGGAUUACAGCGAGGCCAGGCUUGCUCACUGCUAUGAUCCUGUCACUCAGAAAUGGCAGAGCAUGGGCAAGAUGCCAGGCCCUGUCACAGACACUCGGGGGUGCCUUCUUGAUCUGCCAGCUCAUAUUAGAAAAUAAGAAUUUAAAAAGAUAUAUUUGCCAUUUUAGUAUAAAUCAUUUAUUUAUAUGUUGUGUAGAUGGUUCUCCCUCUCUCUCUCUCUCUCUCUCUCUCUCUCUCUCUCUCUCUCUCUCCCUCUCUCUCCAUUUCUUUCUCUCAGACAUCGAGGCAAAUUGUUGUGCCAUUGCCAUAGUCAAAUCGGAUAUGGACUGACAGUUUGAACAAGGUAUUAGUUAGCUGUUGAUCUUUAGUUUGUGAACCUGUAGUGUGUUUGUGUUGGUACACUCUGUUCGAAUUUGAUUAUGAGUCGUGUAGGGAGAUGGGUGCCAGUUUAUUUGGGUUUUUACCCUUUUUUUUACUGUUUGUUUAAGUCCAGUAGAGAAU